AUGAUUUGGCUAGUCUUUUGGACUUUGAUUAAUGGUAUCAAUGCCUCGCUCGUCGUAUCACCAUUAUCUAUUCCAACUACUACUCCACCUGAAUUACCAAUUAUACAGGAGAGACGCCAAGUAACCACUUCUGGAGAGACAUGUGGGUACGCAAAUGGAAACGCAAUGUUUCCUCGAUCCGCAGCACCUGGAUAUUUUUGCGGAAAGGACACUCAGAACAUGUUAUGGGGUUUCUGCUCAGACGCUGUUACCGUUGCUGAUUGUGGACUAUACGGGUACUGCUUCGAUAAAGGAGCAUGUUCCGCUGGAUGCGGAGUUUCCGGACUCAUCUCCACGACUUGCGAACCUUACUGUUUUUCCGGACUUCUGGUGUCUAACUACCAGACCUAUACACAUAUUACGUGUGCGAAUGCUCCAGGCUCAGCUGUUUGGCUUGCGGUUCCCACUAUAACUUCUCCCUUGCCAGAGAUGAUAUCUUCCUCGUCACAAGCGGCGCUAAGCGUAUCGACGCUGGAAAGAACAGUAACUGUAUCUCCUUCGUCAUUCGCUACGAACCCUAAAAUGUCAACUUCCAUACCUGCUAUCACAUCAUCAACCAUAACCGACGAUCCAACAGCCACAUUCAACACCGGUAUAGCCCCAGUCAGCACAGAAUACCCAUCAAGCUGUUUGCCAGUAGGUGCUAUCAUUGGCGGGGCUCUCGGGGGUCUUAGUCUCAUUCUUCUUACAAUCAUCGUGGUCGUAUUUUCGAAGAGGCGACAAACGUCUACCCCAAAAGUCGUAAAACAUGAGCCAGCCAGCGAGUUACCAGGUGCGACACUUAGAAGCGACAUCUUUGAGAUACAUGGUGGACAAGUUGAUAGGCGUGCCAAUGAAAUUCGGAACCCAAACAUAUUAAGGAAAGCGAGUUCUGCUGCUUUAUCAGGCAUUUAUUGA